UCAGUAACAUCCUCAGUCUCCCUCCCAGCUAGGAGCAGACACCCAAACAGUGCUCCCACAACCACCAGCCAGCCUGCCCCCCCAUGGCCCCCCUGACAGGGACCUGCUGCCCUCCUCCAGGCAGAGCCCCAGAGCUCUGAGCUCCCUGUCCCAUGGGCAGCUGUCACAGAGGGUCUCUCAGCCAGCACACAGGGGGCUUUUUGUUCUGAGCUCCCCCCUCCCCUCCCCCCAUGUAACUCUCUCCCCAGCUCCUGGGACUCCGGCUGCAGCUGCUGCAGAGAGGGUAGUGCUGCUACCAUGGUAGACAGGGGUCCUCUGCUGGCCUCUGCUAUCAUCUUCUACCUGUCCAUAGGGGCCGCUAUCUUCCAGGUACUGGAGGAGCCCAACUGGAAAAAAGCCACCAAAGACUAUGACAACUACAAAAUCCAGAUACUCAGCAAACACAAGUGUCUCAGCAAGCAGGACCUGGAUGACAUCCUGGAGGUCGUGUCAAAUGCUGCUGGACAAGGGGUUGCUAUUACAGGAAACCAUACAUUCAACAACUGGAACUGGCCAAAUGCUGUCAUCUUCUCUGCUACAGUCAUCACUACAAUCGGUUAUGGUAAUAUAGCUCCCAAGACACCAGCUGGGCGCCUGUUCUGUAUAUUCUUUGGCCUGUUCGGGGUCCCUCUCUGCUUGACAUGGAUCAGUGCACUUGGCAAGUUCUUUGGUGGCCGAGCAAAGCGUCUGGGCGUGUUUCUGACCAAACGAGGUGUCUCCUUGAGAACAGCUCAGAUUACCUGCACAGCAAUUUUCAUUAUUUGGGGCGUCCUGGUCCAUUUAAUGAUCCCUCCAUUCAUCUUCAUGAAAACUGAAGGCUGGACCUACAUCGAAGGCCUUUACUAUUCCUUCAUCACCAUCUCUACGAUUGGCUUUGGGGACUACGUUGCAGGUGUGAAUCCAGAUAUCAACUACAAUGUCCUGUAUCGAUAUUUUGUGGAGCUCUGGAUCUACUUGGGCCUGGCCUGGCUUUCACUCUUUAUAAACUGGAAAGUCAGCAUGUUUGUUGAGGUACACAAAGCUAUUAAAAAGAGGAGGAAAAGGCAGAAAGAGUCAUUUGAAAUAGAUCCGCGCACCAAGAAGGACAAGCCUAUUCCGAUUGCAAAUUCCAAAGACGUCAAUAUUAUGAGUUUUCUGUCUAAAAAAGAAGAAACCUACAAUGAUUUGAUAAAGCAAAUAGGAAAAAAUGGCUUGAAAACCGAAGACGGGCAAAUGAUAAUGAAUGGUAAUACAGCUGGCAAUAGUAAAAUGCAGACGCGAGGCAAAGACAUUAUGGUUUCAUAUAGCAAGCAUGGCGGUUCUGGCUAUGAUGGAGUGACUUUUUCGAAUGGUCUUCAAAAAGACUUUGGUAUCAAGUCCUUCCAAGACAAAGACUCAAGUAUUUUUAUAAACCAGUUAGACCGGAUUAGUGAGGAAGAGGGAGAACUGUGGGAUUCUAAAGAUUACAAGCCUUUGAUAUUCCAGAAUGCUAAUAUCUCCUUUGUCAACGAAGAGGAAGAAUGUGACCUUUCUGAGGAUGAGGAGAAAUCAAAGACCUCGUGUGAGGAAAAUACUGGGCACCCAGAGACACCAACCAGGUUGGACGAAUUCACCUGUUUGGAUGAGUCUUCUUUUUCCAGCAAUGAAAUGGAAGUUUGUGUGCCCUAUGAACAGCUACUGAAUGAUUUCAAUAAACUCGAACACAACAAAGGAGAGACAUGAGGUCUCUGUGGUGGGUGAUUUAGAACCUUCGAAGAACAGUUAAGGGUACAUAUCUAAUAGUUGGACUUUAUCAUUUUUUUUCCACCAUGACUGACCUGAAACCUUUCAGAACUAGGUGAUCUGAAACCGUUCAAAUGUAUCUGUUGCCCAUCUAGUCUAAAGCCAUGUGCGAAGCUAGCCUAAACUUUUCUUCUCAUGUGCACUAUUUUCUUGGUAUGGCCCAGCUGAGACAGUCUUACCUAGUACCUAAUCUUGAUCUGGCCAAACACUACAAUGUAGAGACUGGCAGGAUGAGCAAAUAGGAGUUCACUUUCCCUCAUGACAGGAAGGUGUGAAAACCAUGCUAAAAAAAGAAAUCCUAUGUAAAUUGCCCUCUGUCUAGAUAGACAUUUAAUGUUCAUCUUUUACUGGUUCUGGUAAAGCCUAUUCUAAGAAUGUGGUGUUUGUCACAAAAGGAACAUAUUUUAUUUAAACCAAACGAAAUUAUACAUUUUUACACCGAAAGCCUUUUUUUUUUUUUUUUUUUUUUGUGCGCCGUUCAUGGACACCCCGUGAGUAACAGUAAUAUAUUCUGGUUCUACACUGGUCAUGUUUGAGGGCGGAAGGUGCCACACCUACUAA